CUUGAUUGGCAAGAUAAUUAUAUAUCGACAUUGAAUAUUCAUUUACUAUAUACAGUAGUAACUAUCAGUAGAAGAUUUGUACAAUAUAACAAUCUCUCUUUCUCUCUCUUUAUCGGAAUUAUGACGAGAGAAAGUAAAAUCGCGAGAAACUUUCAAGUUGCUAUUUAAAGUUGCUUUUAUAUAUCGCAAAUAAUAAUAUUGCGUUUGUAUUUUUUCUUACAGUGAAAUCCGUUCUCAUUUAGCGCGUGCAAGAACGUAUCAAGGAUACAUGACUAUGAAUUGUUAAAUAAAAAUAUAAGUAACAUUGAAGAGUUAAAAAAUUUGCGGUCGGACAUGUAUAUAUUAGAAACUUGAGCGAGAAUCUACAUUAUAUUUACGUUACGCUAAUAUUUACAUCAUAAGCGUUAUAGUUACUCCUCCAGCCCACUUUUAUUUUCGAUCUUAUUAUUGGGGCCUUUAAUUAUAAUUUGAAUUAUAUUAAUAAAAUUCGUAAAACAGUUUUUUAUUAAUAAUUUGUAAAACGGAUUUUUUAUUAAUAGUUUAUAUACAAUUCUGUUGUAAAUCUUUUUAUGUUAAUCUCAUUGUUUUAUUUUCAUUCUUUUUUAAAAUGUAAAUUCUCCGAUUCCGUUUAAAAUGCAAAAGUGCAACAAAGAACCCAUUACUUUUUUGCUUCCUUGCUCUAUUUUCUUCUUUCUUUACUUCUAUUACUUUGUUUUGCAUAUAAUUUAUACAUCGAUUUAAUUUAUUAUUCAAUAAAAAUAAUUAAUUAUAAUUAUCCCUAAAUGAAUAUAAUUAAUGAUAAACAUUUUCGAUUACAACUAAUUAAUCGCGUAAAAAUCAAUUGUACAAUGCAAUUAGAUUAUUAUUGACUGCUAGACAUACAGAUGUGAUAGAACUCGACGUGUAAAAAAAGAGAAAAAUUUGCGUAAGAGGAAAAAAGAGAAGGAAAAAAACGUUUAAUAUGUCAAAGUAAUUAAAUGGGAAAUACCAGAAGCCAUUGAGAUUUUCCUUCAAGAUUAUUGAUUCAGGGAUAAAUGAUAAAAGUCUAUUUUCUGUUAGAAUGUGAUCGAUGAUUCUGACGUCGCUUUCCUCUUGACUAUGAUCGCUAUAUCAUUUGUGUAAUGUCAAAGUAUUGUUUCUCUACAUACAGGAUGCAUGGCCUUAAUUUGUUUCGUCGAAACGCUCUCUUGUAAAAUCACAUUUCUUACUUUUCAAUACACAUAUAACCUUGAAAGCCAUUAAUCUAUUGUGGCUUCUUUCUGUAAUCCAAUAGCUCAAGUUUCAUGACAAUCUCAAUAUUGAUUACUUUAAGAAAUUCUCAACGAUCGAUAUUUGGUUGCGUUUGAAAUAUCAAUAAAACAUUAUAGAAUAAAAUAUUACGUUAAAACGAAUACAGAAUCAGACAAGAAUGUAAACAAAUAUCGAGUCGAUAAAAUCCACAGACUUCUAUAUAUAUAGAAGUCUAUGAUAAAAUCAUUGAACUCUAUAUAUAUAUAUGGAAAAUGGAAAGUGCCAUGUUACUCAAGAUGGGGGAUACACUACUGAAUACUGAACUUGGGCUGCGGUCGGGAAGACGCUAGAAAUGCUUCGAAGCAUUGCAUUAACCAAUCAGAAUAAAUAAAUCUUUACUCUUUUUGUCCUGAUUGGUCAAUCAAACGCUUCGAAGCAUUUCUAGUGUCUUCCCGACCGCAGCUUUUUCGACUCAUAUCGCGAGAUAUAGAAUGGCCGCUAGUGGCGCUAGUGGCGCGUAUAGGUUAGUUUUUAGUUUGUCGCGCCGGCAUCCUAUUAUCUUACAUCGUCGACCAUCGUCGACGACACUUUCGGCUUUCGGCAACUCGCGGCUCGCGGCUCGCGGUAACUGAUGGUUCGCAUCGCGCGAAGAUGUUCAAUUUCCUGAGGACUUCCACCUCGAUGCAGAAUGCUCGUAUCAUGUCGACCGCGCAGUGCUCGAUGCGAGUCUGCUCCUUUUGCAACUUUCAUCACCUCAGAUCUUUCAGAUCGACGAGAUACACAUCGCUUCGUCAUUAUGCAACAACUGAUACAGUAGAAUUGCAUGCUCCUUGGAAGAAGAAGAUUAAGCGUUGUUCUAAGAAACAUGCAGAAUUACUGGAAGUAACAGAUCAGACAACCAACAGCAGAAAAGCAGCAGUGCGCAAGUUAAAUUCUGCUCAUGUAUCCAUGUUGGUUGGUCAGCCUGAUGCAACAUUGGAUAAACUGCACAAAAUCCCUAAUUUUUAUCUCGAUAAGAAGGCAAGCUCGACACAAGUGAAAGAUAACAAAUCUGACCCUAAAAAAGAUUUAAUUUACACUGUAAGUAGAUUAAAUCCAUGUUGGUUGGUCAGCCUGAUGCAACAUUGGAUAAACUGCACAAGAUCCCUAAUUUUUAUCUCGAUAAGAAGGCAAGCUCGACACAAGUGA